AAUCUGCUCAGAGCCCGCCUCCUGCCUCCCCUCGGCGGCCCCAGCCGCGAGCAGCGCCGGCCACUCGGCGGGACGCAGCCGCCGCGAAGCGCCAGGCGGCCGGGCCAGCGAGCUCCGGGGACCGCGACCGGCGGCAGAACCUACGACCGGCCUGCGGCGGGGGCGGCGCGGCGGGCGGACCCCGGGCGGGGAGCUCCGCGGGGGCCGGGUGGAGACCCGAGGGCCGCCAUGGGCCCCCAGCGCCUGCCCGUCUGGCUGUGCGCCUUCGCGGCACUGCUUUCGGGGGCGCAGGCCAAAGGCACCCCGCUCCUCGCGCGACCCGCGCCGCCCGGUGCCUCCCGCUACAGCCUCUACACGACGGGAUGGCGCCCGCGGCUGCGCCCAGGGCCGCACAAGGCCCUCUGUGCUUAUGUGGUGCACAGGAACGUGAGCUGUGUCCUCCAGGAGGGAGCACAGAGCUACCUGAAGGCUGAGUACCGGCCGUGCAGGUGGGGGCUGAAGUGCCUCAGUACAGUCAUGUACCGCACAGUGCUCAGACCCAAAUACAAGGUCGGCUACAAGAUGGUGUCAGACGUCGCCUGGCGUUGCUGCCCUGGCCUCACUGGACAAGCCUGCCCCGAGCACCUCACUGACCACGGGGCCGCCCCACCCCGGCCGGAGCCUGAGCCCCAGGUUCCCUCGGGGCAGCUGGACUCAGGCCCCAGGCCCCCUCCUUACAGCAGAGCGGCCCCCAGCCCCCACGGUAGGAAAGGCCCAGGGCUGUUUGGUGAGCGGCUGGAACGCCUGGAGGGUGACGUCCAACGCCUGGCACAAGCAUAUGGUACCCUCAACGGCCUGGUGGCCAGUCAUGAGGACCCCAACAGGAUGACUGGGGGCCCCAGGGCUCCUGCCACCUCCGUGGGCUUUGGGGUCAUCCCUGAGGGCUUUGACAGAGCUGGAGGGCUGCUCACACCUCACCUGGGCGAGAUCCUGAGCAAGGUGACGGAAGUGAGCAACACGCUCCAGACCAAGGUGCAGCUGCUGGACGAGGUGCACGGGCUGGCCCUCGGCCACGAGGCCCAUCUGCAGCGGCUGCGUGAGGCCCCGCCGUCCCCGCUCACGUCCCUGGCACUGCUGGAGGAGUAUGUGGACCAGCGGCUGCACCGGCUCUGGGGGGGCCUGCUGGAUGGCUUUGAGCAGAAGCUGCAAGGCAUCCAGAGAGCCUGGGACCUGCAGGUGCAGGAGGUGCGGCAGCAGUGCGAGGAGGGCCGGGCGGCCAGCCACAGGCUGCACCAGAGCCUGGAUGGCCAGGAGCUGGCCCUGCGCCGGGAGCUCUCCCAGCUGGGCACCUGGCUGCAGGGCCUGAGUACUGCCAGCGGGGGCCGCUGCUGCAGCCAGCUGGCCUUGAUCAGUGCUCGCGUGGACCACCUUGAGAGACACCUACAGGCUGUCACUGAGGCCCAGCAGGGUCACGGCCCACCACCCAGGGGUGAGCUCACUCGGCUCUCGGCUGCCACGCUUCAGGGAGGUGUGGAUGGGCAACUUGAGGGCCCAGAGUCCCUCAAUGGGACUGAGAGCAGGGUGAGGGGGUGUUGUCUGGGGAUGGAGGAGGGGGCCUGGAGUGCCGGGGGCUUUGGGACCAUGCUGCAGGAGCGUGUGCAGAGCCUUGAGGAGCGUGUGGGGAUGCUGGCUGGGGCACUAAGCCAGGGCAGCAGCCCCCCGGGCAGAUCAACGCCGCCCCUUGUGCAGACAGAGCUGGCUAUACUGGAACAACGGUUAGUUUCGCUGGAGACCUCGUGCACCCCCAGCACCAGCUCAGCUGUCCUAGACAACCUUGUGGCUGAGGUGAAGGCCUGGCAGGGCCGCAGUGAGGCCCUCCUGCGCCAGGUGGCCAGCCACACGGCCCUCCUGCAGCAGCUCAACGGCACCGUGGCCGAGGUCCGGGGGCAGCUGGCAGAAGCCACGGGCAGCUCACUCCAAGGUGAGAUCACCCUGCUCAAGGUCAACCUGAACUCGGUGAGCAAGUCGCUCACGGGCCUCAGUGACUCUGUCAGCCAGUACUCGGACGCCUUCUUGGCUGCCAACACGUCUUUGGAUGAGAGGGAACGCAAGGUGGAGGCCGAGGUCCAUGCCAUCCAGGAGCAGGUCAGCAGCCAAGGCUCGCAGCUUUGGGCUGGCCACAAGCAGGUCCUGAGCCUGCGGGGGGAGCUGGAGCAACUCAAGGCCAGUGUGGCCGACGUGGCUGGCGGCCUGAGCCGCUGCCAGGACACAGCCCAGGAACUCCAGCAUGCGGUGGACCACUUUGACCAGAGGGUGGUGCAAGUGGAGGGCACAUGCCGGAGGCUGGGUCUGCUGACUGCAGGCCUGGACAGCUUGCCGACGGAGCUGCUUAGGCCCAGGGAGGGCCUGUGGGACCACGUGGAGCAGCUAAAUCGCACGCUGACCCAGCACACACAGGAUAUCGCCCGCCUCCGGGAUGACCUGCUGGACUGCCGGGCCCAGUUGGCAGAGCAGGUGCGGUCAGGAGCGGCCGACUAAGCGGGCCACACAGGACCACCCCCCGGAGCCCAGCCCUCCAAUGGUGGCCCCUCCCAGCCACCCCCAGCGUGGACGCCACCUCAGAGGCCACCAAAAUCCUCGAUGCUGCACAAACUGGACAGGGCAGAACAGUUGAGGCAAGGAUAUUGCAGACUCAGGGGACAUCAGAUUCCAGUCUGCAGAUUGCUCUUCUGCGGCCUUCAGGCCUGUUCUCAGACAGUGGCUCUGCCCACAGGCAACAGCCCCUACCUGGGGAGACUUCUGUCCCCAGCCAUCCGGGCUAGGUUCCCACAGCAGGGCAGUGCCCUCAGAGCUCUUCUCACCCAUGGCAGCUGCACAGGGGGUGUUCCCGAACCAAGAGACCUGCCUCGGGAGCCGGAGGUUUCCAACUCCUCACAGGUCCCUCAGGACCGAACGGAAGCACCAAGACUCGGCUGAGAGUUCUCUUUAUUCCUUCAGAUCCUUCCACAAGGUGAGGGUGUAGGCAGCUGUAGAAUCUCAGAGGCAAGGACUGGGUCUAGGCAAUUGGUUCGGAGACCCCACCCCAAUAUCUCCUUUUUCUUUUCUUCCCAGGAUAUUUGCAGGGAACUCUGGCCCCCAAGUAUUCCUUUUCCUUCCAUUUUGGGGGAAAAUCUUUUCCACCAGGUCAGGGCUUCUCUCCAGAAUGAGGCCGGACCCUGGGAAGGGGGCCAUAGCUGGAAGGGAAGGGGUCCAGGCCUUGCCCCCAACACUCUUGCAAGACCCCAGCCCUGCCAGGAUGUUGACAAAGUCAUGAGAAAUUCAGACAACUUAAACAGGUGUUCCUCAGGCCUGCGCAGGUUCCCAGAGACCCUCAUGUUGGUCUCUGCUGCGGCUUCUUGCCUUGAUUUCCCCCACAGCAGCAAGAGCCCUCCUGUAUUGUUUUGUAGGUGCCCACAGCCCUGCCUUCUGGUUUCUGGACAUUCGGUGUGCUGCCCUUCACUCUAGUACUGUUGGGGAGGGCAGGUUCUGGAUUAAAGCUUUUAGCCAGUCAAAA